UCUAUAGUUUGAUUACCAGUUUGAAUUGAUUAAUGAUUUCAUUCUUCAAUUUUCAAAAAUUUUUAUUUUCCAGUGAGAUUUAACCCAAUUUUACAGGUUACACAAUUAUUACAGUUUAAAACGAGAUAACAUGCAAAAAAAUAAAGAUUAUCUUUUUCAAAAGAUUACCACUCAAAAUAGGAAUUUUAACCCUUGAUCUGAUAGAUUUAUAGAUUUAUUCAAGAAAGUAUAGAUAAUUAUGAGUUUGUUUAUGCCUCAUGGGUCUAACCCACAGACCUCGCAGUUCACAUGUAAUACUUGCGGUAUAAGAUUUGCUUCGGCAGAGUUACAAAGACAACAUAUGAAAACUGACUGGCACAGAUAUAAUUUAAAGAGAAGAGUGGCCGAAUUGCCUUCGAUAUCUUCUGAAAUGUUUGCUGAAAAAAUAUUAAAUCUGAAACAAUUAUAUGAUGUUGGUCAUAAUGAUAGUGAUGAGGAUGAAUAUGGAUUUCAUGUUAAUAAACGGAAAUCGAAACCGAGUGAAAAUAGGCAAUUAACUAAAAAGUUUAUUAAACGACAUGAAAGAUUAGGUAAAUUAAGAGGAAGAAGAGAUCUUCAAGAAACUCAACCAGUUGUAUUUGUAAGAGAUGAUAGUCCCUCACUUUCAGUUACUUCAGAAUUUUCCCAAUUUUCAUUAGGUGAUCAUAUUCAACAUGAGAUUGAAUCAUUAGCUGAAACAGCUUCAGUAUCGGAGCAUAUCUAUUCUACAGAAUCUGAUGGAUUUUUAGACGAAUAUGAAGAUUCUGAAGAUGAUGAAGAUGAAGCUGAGACUGGGGAUUCAGAUUCAGAUAUUGAUUUAGAUUCUAUUCCUAUUGAUCAUUGUUUUUAUUGUGGACAAGAUAAUCAAGAAAUUGAGAAUAAUGUGAAACAUAUGUUUAAUAAGCAUGGUUUAUAUAUCCCCGAAAGAUCUUUUCUUACUAACAUCGAAGGAUUAUUGCAUUACAUAAGUGAUAUAAUAUCUAUUGAUAAUGCAUGUUUGGUAUGUGGGUUUGAAGGUAAGAAUUUGGAAAGUAUCAGACAACAUAUUUAUUCAAAAGGUCAUUGUAAGAUACCGUAUGAAAGUAAGGAUCAAAAGGCUGCUAUCGCUGAAUUUUAUACAUUUUACAGUGAUGAACCAAUUGAAAUAAAUAAGAAGACUAAGUCAAGUAGAAAAGUUAUGUUCACCGAAGAAUCAGAAGACAUUGAAGAUGAAAGAGAUGAUUUAGAUGACUAUGACUUGGAUGAAGAUAUGAAUGUCGAUGUAGAAGAGGAUGAAGAUUCAAGUGAUAAUGAUAAUGGUAUCAAUGAUAACUAUGCUUUAGUUCAAAUUGAUAGAUCGGGAGUGGAAUUAACAUUGCCAACUGGUUCCAGAAUUGGACAUAGAUCCAUGACAAGAUAUUAUCGUCAAAAUAUCACCACGCCACAAGAAUUAAGAGAAUCUCAAAGAACUGUUGCUGUUGUGGAUAGAAGGUUUGCCUCUGGAUUAACUUAUAAUCAAGUCACUAAAGAACAAAGAGAAGUCAGAAAGAUUGAAGAAAGGGCUAAGAAUAAUUAUCAUAGAAGAACCAAGCCAAGUAGAGUGAAUUACCAAAAACACUUUAGAGAUGAGCUUUUGGGUCCAAUGUAGACAGUUAUCUUAUCUUACCUUAUUCCUAUAUAUUUUUAAUGACAUUUAUGAUAUCCCCCCUUUUAAAUACAUACAUAUAAAUUAAAUUUUGCAAUUUG